AUGAAGCUCAUCAUCACCUUCCUGGUGUUCUACCUGUCCCUGCUCAACUAUGGUGACGGUUUCUUCAUGGACUCAGUGGUUAAGCCUGUAGCCCAACCUGUAGCUGCUGUAGCUCCUGCUGUGGAAACUGUGGCUGGGGCUGUGCCCAAACUCCCUUUCACCUACUUCAACCCCCUGAAGAUCAUGCUGGCCAGCCUGGGCAUCCCAGUGGAGAACCUCAUUGAGGGUUCCAGGAAGUGUGUCACUGAGCUGGGCCCCGAGGCCGUGGGGGCUGUGAAGACACUGCUGGUAACAAAGGCAACCUAG